CCCAACUGCUUCAAAGGAGAACGCAACGAUCUGAGCGGAGCCAGAGUCACCAGCAUUUUGCGUUUGCUGUUUUGAAAACUUUUUCAUGGCAACACAAGAGAAAUAUGGAGCCUCCCUCACAGGUGUCACUCCAAGGAAAGAAGCAGGAAAUACAGAAACAAGAGGCUGAUGCCGAAAUCUACAUGAAUUUCAUGAAAAGUCACUGCUGUUACGAUGCCAUUCCAACCAGCUGUAAACUGGUCAUAUUUGAUACCACGCUACCAGUUAAAAAGGCCUUUUUUGCACUGGUGGCAAAUGGCUUGAGGGCUGCGCCUCUAUGGGACAGCAAGUUACAGAAAUUUGUGGGUAUGCUGACUAUUACAGACUUCAUCAACAUCCUCCAUUGCUAUUACAAAUCCCCUUUGGUUCAAAUGUAUGAGCUGGAGAACCACAAGAUCGAAACAUGGAGAGAUGUCUACAUACAGUAUUCCAAUCACUUCCUCAUUAGUAUUUCACCAGAGGCCAGCCUCUUUGAUGCCAUCUAUUCCUUACUCAAAUAUAAGAUCCACAGGCUGCCCGUCAUCGAUCCAGGGUCUGGAAAUGUCUUGCACAUUCUGACCCACAAAAGGAUCCUCAAAUUCCUUCAUAUAUUUGGGAAAAAAGUUCCGAAGCCAGCGUUCGUACAGAAGCAGAUCCAGGAGCUUGGAAUUGGGACUUUCAGGAAUAUCGCCACAGUUCAGCAAACAGCAACACUUCACGAUGCACUCUCCAUUUUUGUGGAACGGAGGGUGUCUGCACUGCCAGUGGUGAACGAGCAAGGCAAAGUGGUGGCACUCUACUCAAGAUUUGAUGUGAUUAAUCUAGCAGCCCAGAAGAGUUACAACAAUCUGGACAUGACUAUGCUGGAGGCCGUUCGCAGGCGCUCAUGUUAUGUUGAGGGUGUGAUCAAGUGCUAUCCCGAUGAAACCUUGGAAACCAUCAUAGAUCGUAUAGUCAAUGCUGAGGUCCAUCGGCUGGUCCUGGUGGACAGGACUGACGUGGUGAAGGGCAUUGUCUCUCUGUCUGACCUGCUGCAGGCCAUGGUAUUAACCCCUGCAGAAAUUGCGACUUGCGACUGAAAUGAGAGAUCACAAGAGGAAGACAACCUCCCUGGUUGUGCUGUUGUUUACAUUAAAAUGUAUUUUUUUGAACUCUGUGGUAUGAUAAUAAUGAACAUAGUGAGCUGACCUUACAGUCUCCUCCAAACUGUCAUGAAUCUCUAAGGUCUCCUGCACAAUGUCCAUCAUGAUGCAUUUGAUCAAAUUGAUCAACAUGUUUAUUCUGUAUUGUAUAUUUCUGUAUUAAACAUUUGUAAUGAA